AUGGUAAAAACAGAUUUAGAGACGAGCGCUUUUGUGAGUGAUCACGCUCUGGUUCGAGCGGAGCCUCUCAAUCCGCGCGAUGCUUUUUUCGGUGGUCGCACGGAAAACAUGGUCACUCUGUACGAUGUGAAAGACGGGGAGCAGAUACGAUAUGUUGACGUUUGCUCUUUGUACCCAUACAUCUGCAAGUACAGUAAAUAUCCGGUGGGCCAUCGAACGGUAUGCGUCGGCGACGAGUGCAGGGCGUUGACAGGUCCCGAAAAUAAUAUCAGUCUUUCCCGCGUCGAGGGCCUUGUUAAAUGUACAUUGCUUCCACCGCCAAAUCUUUAUCAUCGGGUGCUGCCGGUGCGAAUGCAUCAGCGCCUGUUAUUCGGGUUAUGUCGUAGCUGCUGCGAAACAAUGAACCAGGACGCGUGUCCUCAUGAAGACCCCGCGGAGCGUGUAUUUAGCGGUACUUGGGUGGUGGAUGAAUUGCGAAAAGCUAUUGCGUGCGGGUAUAAAAUAUUAACCGUGAGCGAGAUUUGGCAGUAUGAGAUAACGCAGUACAACCGCGAUACACAGGAGGGGGGCCUUUUCACCGGGUACAUAAACACUUUUCUUAAAAUCAAACAAGAGGCUAGCGGUUGGCCCGAGGGUUAUGCAGGUGACGAGGCUGCCCAAGAGCGUUAUAUAACUUCUUUUAAGACAGCCGAAGGGGUUCAGCUGGAGCGGGAAAUAGUGUCGACACGCGAAAAACUUAUGGAGUUGCUAAACAGCCCCGAGCACGAGAUCACUGGUAUGCUACCUGUUAACAACCAGGUGCUGUAUGUUAAUUAUACGAAAACCGAUGAUGCUGUAAUACCGUCUAAUAUAGCAAAUACUGUCAUAGCUGCAUACACCACAGCCCAAGCCCGUUUAAAACUUUACACCUAUCUCGAACCGCUGGGUAAGCGUGCUCUGUACUGCGACACCGAUUCCGUUAUUUAUGUCACGAGAAAAGAGCCUGGAGAGUAUGAACCGCCAACGGGUCAAUUGCUAGGGGAUUUAACCGACGAGCUAAGCUCUUACGGCGAGGGCAGUUACAUUAAGUCUUUCAUCUCAGGCGGCCCUAAAUUUUAUUCUUUCAUAGUUAAUACACCGAGCGGCGCGGAAAGCGAGGUUUGCAAGUUUGAUUCAAUACGUCGUACGCCGUUCCACCAGGUUGUCACACGACCCGAAAAGAAAUCGUGCAUGCCUCUGAGCGUCAAGCGAAGACGUGAUGGCGAAUACGGUUCGCUCCCUUACGGCUACAAAUAA